UUUUUUUUUUUUUUAGAAAAAGAGUGCGUAGUUUCUUUCUGUCAUGAAUCGAACACUCAAGCAACUUAUUCUUCCAACUUCCCGUCAACUACUAAGAAAUAACAGUCGUCGUGUUGUCUUGACCCCUGUGUAUCAACGUCAUUUGACACAAUCUAUCGUACGACCUAUUUCUUUCAAGGGUCUGUUUGGCAAGAGUCAACCAGCCAGAGAAGGAUCAGUGUUAUUAGAACAAGACGACUUAUUUCAUGUGCUAUCCAAGUCACCUUUACCCGAGAUGCGAGACAGAGCAGCUAUCAUUAACAAGUAUGGUGUCUGUCCUGUCUGUGAUAACCAUGAAGGUGAAAAAAAGAAGCCUACAUUUGACUGUCCUGACUGUGGUUAUCCUACCCAUUGUUGUGAAGACCAUUAUCAUCAAGGAAAAGCAGCUCAUCAAGAGAAUUGUGGUAUUUUAAGACAACAAAAUGAAGAUGAUCAUGAUUUACGUUCUGGUAGACCCAUGCGAGAAUUUGAAUUUCCUAGUGCACAAGGGUUUGAUGAAGCUGUCAAUAUGGCCAACUGGGACAUUUUCUUUUAUACACGUAGUUUUCCUUCCAUGGACUCUGACAGGUCCAUGCGCCAUGUCUCUAAAUUAUUGACUUAUCCAAUCACGAUUGCCUCUGUCUUGCAUCAAUCCAGUCCUUAUAAAUACGGUCAACAAGUGACAGCUGAAGGCAUGCGUUCGAUUGCUGCCUUAAGAACAGUGCUCUACCCCAAUACACAGAACAGCAAUGAUGCUCAAGCUCAAGUACGUACAGACACCAUCAAUGUGUACCUUCUAGGUGCUCGUGCAGAAGCCACCUUACCUGCUCAUAUCUGGCUCCAAUUAUGUUACUUGUUCCCUUCCUCUCCUUUCCAUAUUCACUUUGUUGGUCCUGAUGCUUUAUCACCCAACCAAGAACCACAUACCAAGUCAGUAAAUGAACGUCUGUUCUUUACUUAUGAUAGUGCCAUGUACCAUGAAUAUCAUGACAAGAUUGACAAGUUUGAUCCUUACACAGACUUGUUCUUUUUGUUCUCUCCUGGUAUUGGUCAUGGAGAGGCUCGUGAAGGAUGGAAACCCUCGAUUGAGAAAGCAUUGGAGACCAAGUGUCCUAUUUUCAUUACGGGUUAUGAUAAAGCUGAUAUGAAGAAUGAUGUAGAGGCUGUUGAACAAGAUUAUAUGGGUGAAUUUGAUUGGAUUUUAAAGCCUACUGUGAAUGAAUUCCGUAGUUUAAAGCGUGAUAUUAACUUGAUGGACUUGAGACAGACUAUUUUUGCAAACUAUGGUAUUUGGGGUAUUCGUGGCAAACGUUAUGACGUUGUUCAUGACCCUGAACAUAACGAUUAAACUGCCUUUUUUUUUUUCUUUAUU